AUUGCCAUCAAAGCCAACAGAAAUUUGCUGACACACGUUGAAAUCUCUCUGCACAGCCUUAUUUACCCGCAUUUAUGCAAUCUUCUCGCUCCAUUUAACUCUUAUCCCUUUUUUGCUCUAUUUUUUUUUUUUUUUGGUAUGAAGUUACUCGGUCCUUGUUUCAUUGCGUUCUCACUCCUCGCUUUUCAUUCUUCGUUUUCAUGGAAUAUCCAUUUCUCAGGUUCUAGUGGGAAAUUUGGAGAUUUUUGUGAUAAGAAGGGCUUUGAGGGUGUAGUUUUUCUUCUUGAUGGGGAAAGGUGACGAUGGACGCUGCAUUUUCCCUCUUACAAGUUUGCAAAUUGGAGACUUGCAAUCUUAUUUUGCAGAUCUUAGCCUUUUCCUUGCCAAUGAUAGUAAAAAAAUGUAUAUUUUGGUCGACAACAGACCAUGGUUGAGAGACCUUGGUUCACGGGGAGCACACAUUUGGCAAUUGAUGGUUACCAAGUCAAGGUUAUCCCCUUUUGCAAACAGCAAAGCUCGAAGAGAGAGAAAAGAGGGGAAGGAGAUUUGUUCUGAAUCAAGCACAAGUAAACCAACGAAAUUUAUGAGAUGGUUCUCAUUGAUUGAAGCAGUGAUGCUAUCAAGAAAGAAAGUUUUACUGCCUGUGAAAAACUUAAGGAAUUCUUUGCAAUUCAGCAGUGAAUUGCAUAGAACACUGUAUGGCUUUAUUGUAUUUGAAGUUGCAUGGAGCAGUGUUCGUGGUAUCAACUACUUUAAUGAGCUUCAGACUGAUACAUCACUGGCUAUCGAAGCUAAACUCAUGAAAAGAUGGGAAUUUGACAGUAUAGCUCAAGCUGUGAGCUGUAUGUCUUCAUGGUUCUCAGGAACACUAUCUGAACAACUGCUUUUGAAAGAGCACCUGGAUUCUGCCUCAGGGGAGAUAUUUUAUGAUGCUGGUGAACAUUUUUCUGGGACUAUUUCCAUUGAUGAUGACGAUAACAUCUGCAAUGAUAUUCUAGAUGUUGAAGAUGGUUUGGGUACCACUAAUGGAGUAUAUUCUGAUGAUACUGAAGAGACGGCAGACAUACUACACACACCUCCUCCUUCUGGACCUAAUAAAAGAAGAAAAUUAAUGAAUUGCUUUAGUUCUGGAGUUGAAGUUAAUAGCUAUUCAGCAGCUGAAAUUGACAACUCAUUGCAUUAUUCUCAGAGCUCUAACUGUACUUCUGAUGAUACAGUUGAAACCACUCAAUAUAGCGAUGUUCUACUAUUGUUUAGGUUUAAUGAUCAUGAUCUGCCAUUUAAAUUAAGGGAAGUUAUAGUAUCUGAUUUGCGAUUGCUUACUUUGUUAGAGGCUGGUCUUCCGUCUUGGGUCAUCUUCCUUCAGUCAUAUCCAGUAUUAUGCAAUCUUUAUCGUCCUUGGAUGUGCCCGCUUGCAAGACUGUUAUAUUUUCUGAUCUCAUUUGUCACUGUCCUCAUUGGAUUCUAUGAUUUAUACAAAAAUGUUCCAGUUCUUAAGGCAACUGCGUCUCGUAUAUGUGGGCCACUUUUGGAUUGGAUUGAAACUUGGGAGAUGGUUUCAAGGGUGAAAUACUUAGGGACAAUGCUUUUUCUACAUAACUUCCAGAAGGCUAUUAGGUGGUUUCUUGCCUGUACCCAUACUGCGCGAUCAUUCUUUUCAGUUCUUGUUCAACCUCUUGCUGAGUCACUAGUUGAGAUCUUUGGAUUUCUUCUCCCAAGCUUGAAACUUUUAUUUGAAUUAGUAGAAAGCAUCAUUUCUGUCAUUUGGUUUGGGAUUGAGACUUCUUUCAAUCUAGUGGGAGAUGUGCUGGAGCUUCUCUUUUCACCAUUGUGGCUUGUUGUCACUGUUGUUUGGAGCAUUGCUACUCGUAUCUUAUAUCCUUUAUUUUGGAUUCUUUGGGAAAUACUAUAUGUUCCUGUUCGUCUAGUCCUGGCGAUAUUCAAUUUUGCAGCUUUCGUAUGCUCAUGUAUUGGUAAUGUACUUGGAGACACGUGGCAGUUUGUUAGUAGCAUUUUCCAGUUGGUGUCAUCUUCCGAGCCAACAGUCAGCUCCUAUGAAGUUUCCAUGUGGCGCUCUCUUUGGAAUGACCUUUUUUCCCAGAUUUUCCGUGCUCUCAAGAGUAUACUGUAUGGGUUUGUUGCCUUUUUCACAGCCUGCAAUAGGCAUCGACUAAGCAUAUACAAUCAUUUACAAGAGUUUAUCCGAAGAUUAUAUCAUCAGUGCGGAAGAUCGCGGCAAACAGAUUUAAGAGACAGUAGAAAAACUUGUUUAACACUGGACGUGGAAGAAGAAAAGAAGAAAGUUUAAUUAUAUCAAGUCUUCUCAGAGACCCCUCUCUCUAUUGCAAAACAACUUCCUAACAUCAACCGAUAGCACAGAAACGCGGUAUUCUGGUGUGUCAUUGCAUUUUCAGCAAACUCCAUAUGAUUACCCAUAGGAAUUUUUAGAUUCUUUUUCUUUGUAACAAAUUUUGCUUUUACCUUUUCCUCUUUAGCUCCCUAAGUUUCCGUCUAUUAUCUGAUGAUUUUCAUAGUCGAAGUUAUCAUAUGUAUAUACAGUGUG